UGGCGAUGGUGCAUACGACAUUUCAAAAGCAAUUACGGGAAGCACUUUGGUAGAACUUAUGGACAACGUGCAGUUUGGCACGCUGCUAUUGCUUUUCAGACUCGAAAGUUUGUAGACAAAAUGAAGAGCAUAAGGGAGGUCCACUCUGAAGGUGCAGAUUGGCUAGAAACUCAUCCUUAUGAGAGGUGGACGUUACAUCAAGACGAAGGGUAUAGGUAUGGAAUAACAACAACGAACAUGGGUGAGUGCCUCAAUGGUUUGUAUGUUGGUCUUCGUGCA